GUCAAUGCAGUCACCAUCGAUGGGAUCACUCCUCUGUUUAAUGCUUGCUGCAGUGGCAGCGUGGCCUGUGUCAACAUGCUGCUUGAAUUUGGAGCCAAGCCACAGCUCAGGAACCACCUUCCUUCACCCAUUCAUGAAGCGGUCAAGAGAGGUCACAGGGAGUGCAUGGAGAUCCUUCUGGCCCAUGAAGUUGACAUUGACCAAGAAGACCCGCAGCAUGGGACCCCCCUCUAUGUGGCUUGCACAUACCAGAGGACAGACUGCGUCAAGAAGCUUUUGGAGCUAGGAGCCAAUGUUAACAUGGGGAAGCGAUUAGACACCCCACUCCACGCAGCAGCAAGGAAAUCCAAUGUAGAGGUAGUCGUCUUGCUGACAGACUAUGGUGCUAACCCAAAAUGCAGAAAUGCUGAACUCAAAUGUGCCCUGGAUCUUGCCGUACCCAACAGCAAAGUGGAGCAGGCACUUUUGCUUCGGGAAGGUCCUGCAAGCCUUGCCCAGCUGUGCCGGCUGUGUAUCAGAAAACAUCUGGGUCGGUCAUGUCUAUAUGCAGUCCGCAAGCUGCACCUGCCUGAGCCACUUGAGAACUUUCUCCUUUAUCGAUAA